AAAGAAGUGUUUCCUUUCAAGCAUGUUAAAUACAUAGAUAUCGCACAUGUCACAUCGGCGUAAUCAUGGCAGAAGCGAUGAGAGCAAAUGUUGGUGCUUUGUUGAAAGGAAUAGAUAGGUACAACCCGGAAAACCUGGGAACAUUGGAGAAGUACAUUUUCAUGCAAGCUCAGGAAGGAACCUACGACUUGGAAGCUAACCUUGCUGUCCUCAAGCUAUACCAGUUCAACCCCAUGCAUUAUCAGACGACAGUGGCAUGCCAGAUUUUACUCAAAGCUCUCACAAAUAUGCCUCACACAGAUUUCACCCUGUGUAAAUGCUUGAUUGAUGCAGUCAGACACGACGAAGAGCCAACAGCACAGGUCAUGAAUCUUGCACACUUAUUGGAAACCUGUCAGUUCAGAGAAUUCUGGGGGGCUUUGAGAACAAAUCCUGACUUGACAUCCAACAUCAGAGGAUUUGAUGAUUCAGUAAGAAAAUUUGUUUGUCACGUGAUAGCAGCAACCUACCAGACUAUACCUUCAGAUGUGUUGAAAGAAUUACUUGGAGAUAUUCCAGAGGAUCAAGUCCAACAAUGGAUAACUAAAUACGGCUGGAAACAUCAGGAGGAUGGAAACGUUUUUAUCGUCAAUCAGGAGGAGAGCAUCAAAACGAAGAACAUCACAGAGAAAAUCACGUUUGAUAGUGAGUGCUACAAUCAGGCUCUAGUUCAUUAUUUUCUCUUUCCAAUGUUCGAUAAUUUUUUAUUCAAGUAGAAAUGUUACCCGCUGUGGGUGAGGUAUUACAAAUUCUGACUAAUGCAUGGCAUUGACAUCUGUAGCAGUGAGGGUUCUUUAUCGUGAACGCUUACCGUGACACAAUACCUGUUUUUAAGGUCUUAUCCGAAAGACCUGUGACUUUCACGUCAAUUGCAGAGUGCCCUGCCAUGGAACAGGCACUACAUACAUGAACGUUAAUCGUGUUAAGAGUAGACGACAACCACGGGUACAGCCAGUCGUAGUAGUCACGAGUUUAUAUUUAUAUUACAAAUCGCAUUUUCCUCUAUGAACCAACCAAUUUCAGCACGCGACACAAUCCGUUCACAUUGACUAUGAACGGAUUAUGAACUAGCUUAAAGCACGUGACUGAGAGAGUGUAAUGGUGGGAAAAAAAUAGAACAUCUGUUACAAAGAUCUCGCAAGUCACACCUUUAGAUUAAGAUUGUAAACUUACGUGGAUUAUCAUCCCAAUCUUGCGGUCUCCUACCUCCAAAAUACAGUGCACCUUGCAAUGUUGAUAAAAGGCAGGGUGAGAUCAAAUGUGACGUCAUGUCUAUGUGUUGACAUACGUCACAAUAACUACUGUGACAGAGGCUAGAAGUUCGUUUUAUGCAACAAAAUAGAAGCAAUGUAAACAAAAGAUGUUUUAGUAAAUGAAUAUAAAUAUAAGAAAUGAACAUCACUAGCGCGAUUCACAGAAUUUGCCUCAAAUCCAAAUCCGUUCAUACUGACCAUGAACAGCUCAAAAGUGAUGUUCAUUUCUUAAAUAUUGUCUGAUUUUGUUUGUUAGUUGAUAUCAGUUAACUAAGCAAGUUACUGGCAAUUUGAAACCUCAUAGCUGGCCUAGAAUAAAUUUGAACUUUUAUGUGAUAUACAUAAACAGAUACAUGUAUGUGUUAAUAACUGUUAAUUUGUUUCUUUCAGGUGUUGCAGGCAUCAUGGCUAAUUGUCGAACUAUAAAACGCUAGAGACUUUGUAACUUAUAACAUUUUACCAUGAACAUUGUCAGAUUUUAAAUAUAUAUGUACAUGUAUGUAAAAAUACAAAAAAAAUUGAAAAAGAGGAAAAUAAUUAAUAAAUUGGGCAACUUAA